AGUAUGCGGUUCCCGGUGGGAAUAUUAGUUUUUGUUCAAGAUGGCGGCUUCCAUGAAAAGUCACCGUAUACCAAUGACCUUUCAGCGAUGGCGCUGGCUGCGGCACAUAAACUCCAUGCGAACUUUGACAUCACACACCGCUGAAAACGACUCUGGUCACUAUGACAUCAUUGUGGUUGGAGGCGGACAUGCUGGGACAGAAGCCGCUUGUGCUUCGGCAAGACUCGGCAGUCGGACAUUACUGAUUACUCACAAGAUAGAAACUAUAGGUGAGAUGUCGUGUAAUCCCUCGUUUGGAGGGAUAGGUAAAGGUCAUCUGAUGACUGAGGUUGACGCCCUGGGAGGAGUCUGUGCUCGCAUCUGUGAUAUCUCUGGUAUUCAUUAUAAAGUAUUAAACAGAACCAAGGGACCAGCGGUCUGGGGUUUACGUGCGCAGAUAGACAGACACCUGUACAAGACUAACCUACAGAAAGACGUCAUGGCUACCGAAAAUCUUACAGUGGUUGCCUCCCCUGUUGAGGACCUGAUCCUAGGAGAACCACACAAUCCCCAACAUAAACUCACCAAACAGGCCUGUGUAGGGGUCGCAUUGGGUACUGGUGACAAGGUUUAUGGUAAGGCAGUCGUGCUGACCACAGGGACGUUCUUACGGGGUAGUAUUAACAUCGGACUGAAGACUUGGGCCGCAGGAAGGAUGGGAGAUAAACCGGCAGUAGGACUGGCCAAGAGUAUUGAGAACGCUGGCUUCUCCAUGGGAAGGCUAAAAACUGGAACCCCUCCUAGACUGGAGGCAAAGACCAUUGACUUCUCUAAGACAGAAGUCAAAAAGGCAGACAACCAUCCCAGACCAUUCUCCUUUAUCAAUGACAGAGUCUGGAUCACAACUGAAGAACAACUUGAUUGUCACAUGACACGCACUAAUCCAGAUGUUGAUAAAAUUGUUUUGGAAACUUUGGACAAGAACCGUCAUGUAAUGGAGGAAAUCACAGGCCCAAGGUUUUGUCCCUCUGUGGAAUCAAAGGUCUUGAGGUUCAAAGGUCGAUCUCAUCAAGUAUGGCUGGAACCUGAAGGGUUCAACAAUGAGCUGGUGUACCCGACUGGUCUGGCCUGUACUAUGCCUGAGGAGGACCAGGUCAGGAUUAUACAGAGUAUUCGAGGGCUAGAGAAAGCAGUCCUUGCAAAGCCUGGUUAUGGUGUAGAAUAUGACUUCAUAGACCCUAGACAACUCAGUACAACCCUAGAGACCUUAAGGAUCCAGAACCUGUAUUUUGCUGGUCAGAUCAAUGGGACAACAGGGUAUGAAGAGGCAGCAGCACAGGGUAUACUGGCUGGUAUUAAUGCUGCUCUAAAAGUACAGAACAAACCAAGUUUAACAAUAGAUCGAACAGAGGGCUACAUAGGUGUUCUAGUGGAUGACCUAACAACCCUUGGUACCAAUGAACCGUAUCGCAUGUUCACUAGUCGCGCUGAGUAUAGACUGAGUCUGCGACCAGAUAAUGCAGACAAGCGUCUCACAGAAAAAGGAUACAGGGCAGGCUGUGUCGAUGAGUUUAGGUACCAGAAGAUGGUGGACAUGUACAACGACUUGGAUCAGAACAUAGACUUGCUCAAGUCCAUAAAAAGGAUGUCUUCAGAAUGGAACAAACGUCUAGGCCUUCCUCAACAAAAGAAAGAAAUGCCCAAAAGUCUCUGGGACGUUUUGAAGCAAGGUUCUAUAACAAUACAAAAGGUGAUAGAAGCCGAGCCAGAAUCACUGAAACAUUUACUACAGAACUGGAGGCUGACCGAAAACUUGUACAAUCAAGCUAUCUAUGAGAAUGUUUUGACUAGCCAGGAAGCUGCAAUAGAGGAAGUGAGAAAAGAUGAGAGACUUCUACUUCCUGAAGAUCUAGACUACAUGUGUAUAGAAUCAAUAUCAAAUGCCUCCAGAGAUCUUUUGUCCCAAGCCAGGCCUUCAACGAUAGCAGCAGCCAGUCGAAUACCGGGUCUUACUCCUACUGACAUUGUGAUCCUUCUGAGGAAAGUUAAAGCAACACAGGGGAAUACUUCUAUAUAUCAAGAUACAUAUUAAAUGAUUCUUUAAUGUCAAAAUGCUCAUAUUAUGUUAGGGUUUGUGCUGUUGAAUUGUGAGUGUGAUGAGAAUUGAAAGUGGUCAUAUGGAGAGAGCACUGGCCCAUUUGUGCUAUAGUUAUAUCCAAAGCAUGAUGAGGGGGAGGUAACUGUAUAUAAAAAAAUCACAGAGGAAUCACUCAUUAUACCCCC